AAUUAUUUUUGAAUAUUAGUCUAAAAAACUAAUUGCAUGAACCAAAGAUAUUUCACAUUUAUGAACUUUUUGAAUCCAAUUCCAUUUUCAGGAAUCAUCGUCCUUAUCUUUGAAUUUACUUCACACAGUGAGAAAAUCAUCUUUUUCAGCUUGUGGAAUUUAUGCAAUGUUCUUCGCUGAGAUGAUGACAUGGCAGCAACCCAGUUUCCCCUAUAAUUUAAUUUACUUGAAUGCAUCACAGAAACAUGAAUGAUACUCGUGUGGUCUCUUAUGCUUCUCGUUUCAGUUUGCACCAAUAUGUUCGCAGUCAUGAGGUGUAUCCCAGAAGUCUCCCAAGCGCCAGAAAAGUUGCGAGGCUUCCAACUUUCUUUCAGUGACGACCGUCUUCCCAUGCUCUCGCUCCACACCCCCAUUUCUCACACUGAAAAAAGUUGGUCUGAGUUGCACGUUGCUUCCAGCUACUCUACGCAAGCUACAGCACCACAAAAUCAGUUUAAAUUGAUCUUGAAUGAGCGAGAAGGGGGAAUUGAAGCCCUCCAGUGGCGAAACGCUAGAACUAAAGCCUGGUUCUGUUAAAUCAGGGGUCACUGACCUUUGUGAAGCUGAGAGCUACUUGAGCCUUUCAAAGGGCUACCAGGUUGAUACAGUACUGACCUUUGAACUGGAAUAGAUCAGAGUUUAAUGAUUAUUUAUAAUAAACAUUUUAAUGUAUUUUAAAGAAAUGUUUAAAAAUCUGUAUUAAUGCCUUGUGAUUAAAAAUAGAUUUAUUUAUUUAAUAAUGUUAGACUUGUGCUAUCUAGAGAAAUGGCCUGAGGGCCCCUUAUGGUUCUGGGACCACCAGGUUGGUGACCCCUGUGUUAAAUAAUUUAUUUACCCUCCUUAUCAAUGAAGCUGUGAAAAAUCCUAAAGUUUUUUUUAUUUAUUUUUUGUCCUUUUGAAUAUUAAUACUGAAGUGAAGAACAGGGAACAGCUUUUAUAAAGUUACAGUAGUUAAUAGAAACACUUCCUGUAAAUUCAUUCAAAAACUGCUACUGCAUUUUUGGCUACAAUUCAAAUGUAUGUAACAGUGUUAAACAAUGGUUGUGUGCAGUGGUGGGCUGUGUCAGCGGCACCAGAACGCGAAGGUUUCCUGUAUAAUUUUGAUCAACUGGAUGGAAACACACGAGAACUGAUCCUUUAAUGUCUGGCUUUUAUUAUAAUUUUUCCUGCCAUCUGGCGGACAGAAAAAUGUUAAGAAUUCAUAAAGCUAAACAAGACAUUACUCAGUAGUACUUCCUGUAGAUUCCUUCAAAAUAAAACACUUAAAGAGCAAGUCACCCCAAAUCAACUUUAUUUGAUUAUAAACUAUGUAAAUGAGUGUCUAAUCGUGCUGAAGACAUGUGUAUUCAAUAAUUUAGCACUUUAGUGCAACUUAGUUAAAAGUUAAAUAAUCUGCCUAAAGCUGUCAGUGUCACGCCCCCUUCAGGUAAAAACUCUGCACUGCAUUUGAAUUAAAAUCUGCCAUUUCUAUUGGCUAAGAAGUACACUAUGACAUUAGCUGGUACAUUUUGAAGUCACAAUGUAGCUGUGAGCCUGUGUGUGUGUAUUUGUCUGCCAGGCAACUGUAUUUGUUGCAUUUUUCUAAAAGGAGUUGGGAGUGGAGUAAGAGUCUGGUAGGGGGUGACUUGCUCUUUAAAACUAGAUGGGAGUUCUAAAUUAGUAUUAACAGCGUAGUUAGUGUAAAUAACAGGAAAGCCAUAACGUCUUCGCUUAAACUACUUAACUAUUAAAACUCAAAUCAGUUUUAUUUAUCCGUGUUCAACGAGAUAAAAUCAAAGAGAUCAAGCAGGAGCAGCUGUUAACAUCACUUCGAACACAUCAGAUCACACCCCCUCUGGCAGCCAAAAAACAUUUAGUCACAAAUUUUUACCAGUAUUAGUUUGUAAUUUCUAAUCAAACAUGUCAGAUAUAAAACUGUUAAAUCUUAGCUCAAAGACCAAUAAAUAAUCAGCUGCAUCUAAUAAACACACUAAGACGUUAAAAGGUAAUUAUUUUGUUUUGAACAGGAAAAGCCUUAAUGUAUUUGGAUUUCUCGAUGAAUGUAUAAACCAUCUAAAAUAAAUCAAAUUAAAACCAAAUACAAUAAAAAACAAUUUGGUAAAAAAAAAAAAGAAUUUAAAAGAGCUACUAAAAAACUGAGGAAACGUUUAAUCACAACAGCAAAUUUAAUUUGAUGGACUUGUUUAAUCAGAUGAAUGAAUUUUUUAAAAUUAUAUGCAAUAUAUUGUAAUUAUAUGGUUUAAAAGGCAAAAGUUAAGGUAAGUAAAAUUAAAAUCAAUUAAGAUAAAAGAAACACAUUUCCAAAUCAUUCUUAUUCGUAAUAAACCUUUAGUAACCUUCCAAUAUAAUAAUGUCAAAGCAGUACAACAUAAAUACGGAUAUAUUUGACCUUGAAUGUAAUAUGAGCUAAAUAUGACCAUCUGUAUGCGGUAAGUUUGCUCAUUUAAAAAGCAUAUGCAGUAAGUUGACAUAAUUAUUCUGCUAUAAAAAUAAAUGUAAAACUAUUGUUUUCCACAUUUUAUCAUGGUCUUUGAUAUGUUUUGCUCACAAUUAAUUAAUCGUGGGGAUUUUUGCACAGCAAACUGUGAUUACAACAUCUAUUUUACCUCAGAAAAUUAAAUCUACCAUAAAAUAACUUUGUUUUCUUUCUCCUGCCAGACCAAAUAGUCAUUUUGCCAAACCUAAUGCCCCCCAUACACACACAGAAAUAAAAAUUAAAAUAGAGAAAAUCCCGAAAUGUCGCUCCAAGAAGUUUGUAAAUAUUGGCAGCCCUGAAGAUUUCUUGAAAUCUUAUUAAAACGGUUGCGAAAUUUACUUCAAAACACUGGGGCAAAACUUGAGUCACGUGACUGAAGAGACACCUCACUAUUCGUUCAUUGACUUUCACGUGACCAGAAGUUAGAAAUCCAGCGGUUGUGUGCGGAGUUUUAAAAUGAAAACAAUCUAUUUCGUAGUUAGAUUAAAACAUUGUUUUCAUAUUAUGUAACUUAUAUUGUUGAAAAUGCAUCAGAGUGACGCCGUAAGAAGCGUUUGAAGCAAUGAAUGAUCUAAUUUAUCAAGUUUCGGCUGAUUGUAGCAGUUGGAAUCAUGCUGUUAAGGCAUUCUAAAGUGUAAAUAAGCACAUCAUCACCACGAUGGACGACUCGGAGCAAGAUUUUGUAGAUCUGUGCUCAAAGCUGCUGAAGCGAGUUCGCAAGAAAGCCGGAGAACCAUCCACACAGAAGAUACCAGGACAGAGCUCCAGUCAGAAGGUCCAAGAAUACAAGAAGCAGAGGAAUGAUAAACAGGGUGGAGAUUCUGAGUCGAGGUUUGCAGCUUCCCAGCCUGUUGGUGCAGGCUGUGAUCUGGAUGUGGUCUGUGGGAGGACUGGAUGCGGAUCAGGAAAUCCAGAACCUCCAGCUGACGGAGAUCUGAGAACAAAAGACAAAGUUCUUCUUAGGAUGCAGCAUUUUAAAAGAGUCACCCCACAAAAGAUGGUCCGUACUAACGUCAAGAUCCAACAAAUGAACCAGGACAGCUGGACUCUGACUUCUCAGCAUCAAAGACAAGAUCCUCUAGAGUCUUUCUCCUCUGGCCACCACGCAGAAGGUGACGAGGGUGUGGCUGUAAGGCUCCAGCAGCAGCUGGACAGAGAAGCAGCAAAGGCCCAGAUGGUGGACCUGGAGGAUGGAGGCCUCUUCUUCUGUCAGAUCUGCCACAGAGACUUGUCCCACAUGACCCAUGAGGGGCGGACACAACACCUCAACAGGUGUUUAGAUAACAGUGAAGAGAGUGGCCCAGCCCCCCCUCCACCCUCUGCUGUCCCCGACUGUCCCAUUUGUGGAAAAAGGUUCAAGUCCCAGAAGAGCCGCUCAGCCCACCUGAAGAGCUGCUCCUCAGACAUGGGCGUCUCUCCGGCAAUGCUGCUGCAGAUCCUGCAGAGACAGGCACAGGAGAGUCAGAGUGCUGCUUCUGCUAACCUGCCCACACAGCCAGCGGCCAACAAAAGGAAAGGUCCACCCAAGUCGGGCGUUCCAGCCAGGAAGAAGGCCAGAAAGAAGGAUGAGCUUCUGGAUGAGGAGACGAUGGUGGCCCUGGCUUUGUCCGCCUCCAUGGUGAAGGAAAAGAUGGAAACGGCGCUCCCUCACAGUUCCAUGACACCCGUGCUAAAAUGGAGACCUGAUGCUGCUAAGCCUUGUCGAAAGAAGAAAAAGGACACAGUACCUCGUCCUCUUCCUCUCCUCCUCGUUCAAGAUGCAGAGACAGCCCUGUCCCGGCUCCAGGAACGCGUCUCCGCUCUUCUGCUUCCCAGCCGACCCCCCUCUCCCGCCACCCCAACCCGAAGCCCCAGCACUCUGCCCAGUUUGGAGGGCGCUGCCCCCUUCUGGCAGAGAAGUGCACUGCUGGAUGGAGACUCAUGUCUGUCUGGUUUCUACUCUACGGAGCUCAAACACUUCUUCACUUCGGGGGAAUCAACCGACGCAGCUCCAUCCAGCCCCAACAAGCAACCCGAUUCUUCUGUCCAGCCGGUGAGGGAUGGAGCCCCAGAUUCAAGACCCAGAGUCUCCAUCCUACCACACCGCUCCCAGAACCCCUCCUGCUCAUCGACUCCUUCCACCCCUGGGACAGAACAACUCCCGGUGGGCAGCCAGGCCUUACAGGACCUGAUAGAUUUGGCAGAAGACGGCAUGACUCUGACUCAGUAUGGAUACACCACUAAAGAAACUCGUUUGAGCGGCUUCGUCCAGGCAGAGUCGGAGGAACUCGGCGCCAGCGGCUUCGUGCUGGAAACGACACACCAACGCUCAGACGAAACCAGCGAUCGCGCUGAGAGAAUGGUCGCUCCGCCGGGAGCAGAAGAAAGAAACAGCCGCAAAGCUGUGGCACUCUCUAAGCUGGCCUUAGACCUCAGCAGCAUGGUGAACAACCCUCAGAUGAGUGAUGUGCAGCUCCAGGUGGACACAGGAGAGGUCUACUUCGCUCAUUCCUUCAUGGUGUAUGCCCGCUGCCCUCUGCUGGCAGAAAUGGUGCAUGAAAGUGGAAUAGGAGUUCAGGAGGAGGGUCUGCCUGCAGCCCAGAGGGUGUUGCUGAACGACGUGCAGGGGGAGGCGGUGUUGGCCCUCCUGCAGUAUCUCUACACCUCCCACUGCUCCAUCUCAGCCUCUCUGCAGCCUCACAUGCUGGAGCUGGCGUCCCGGUUCGACUUGCAGGAGUUGGAGCAGCUUUGUCGGCUCCAGCAGGAUAACUCAGAGGCUCCUGACUCAACCCAGCAGGAAAAUGUCAACAACCAAACGGACCAGGCCUUCAUGGAGGUCCUCCGAUCGAUGUGGAAUGAAGAUGACCAUGUAAUGGACUCCGAUGGAGGAGGAGAAGGAGGACGGAUGGAGGAGGAGUCUGAUGAGCUCACCUCAGGUUACAGGGAAGGCCAUGAGGAGCAGGUGAACGAAGAAGAGCUGGAGGAGAUCUAUGAGUUCGCUGCCACCCAGAGACAGAAAGAGGUGGAGGCCACUGAGGAGGAGGAGGAGGUAGGUGGAGAUGUAGUGUUUACAAAACAGCUUGUAGAAGAAGAGAUUAGUGAUGAGGAUUUGAAUCCCAACAUUCGACCAGAACCGGAGUCGGGUGACUACGAGUCUCGUUCCUCCUCUGCCUCAAAGCUGAAGAUGAUUUCUUCUAAAAACAAACACGAGUCGCCUCCCAGAGCUUCAUCCAAACGAUCCGCUAGGACUUCACUUCAGUCUUCAGCGAGUUUAGUAGAAGACCUUUUAGGCAGCCCAUCCCCCGUUAUGUCCAACCUGCCUGUUGCAGGACAUUCUCCUGGACAAACGCGGUACCAAGAUGAAGAAAGCCAACCUCCUUGUGGAGUCUGCACCCCUCUUUCUCCUGAGUCCUCCCUAAAGAAGGAGGAACCUGAGCUGAUAGUUCUGUCUGACUCAAGUGAGGAAGUAGAUGUUGCUGAUUUUGUCCCCCAAAGCCUUUCUGAUCGUUCGCCCUCCACCCAGAACCCUGAAGACUACACAGGGAUCAAGGCCCAAACCUCCAGUGGAGCAGACGUAGAGAACAAAGAGCCCAGGAGCGUGGAGCUGAAUCCUGAUGAUCCACCUGACUGUUCGCCAGAGCUUUCCUGGCUGAUUCCUUCCACACCUCUUCAGUCCAGCAGAAGCAAGAGAAGCAGCUCCACCCAGACCAGAAGCAGCAUGUGCAGGACACAACUCUUCCCUAAGCGGGACUCCUCUUCAUCUUCUGGAUCACCAUCUAAGAUCGAGCCUCACACUUCCAGUGAUCCACAGAAAGCUCCACAUCCUGCAGGAACCACAAAGAGCCGAGUCACCAGACCUCUCAGUAGCUCCAGUUUGGAUCACAAGCUUUCUCCAAGUAAAGAACGUGGAGUUAACGCGUUACAAUUGGAGCUCCUACGUCUCCAAAGGUUGACAUGUCACGCCCUAGAUCCCUCAAAGCGGAAUCCUCUUCAUCUGCUGAAUCUCCCGUACAGCAGCACUCCCGUCCACCAGCUCCCCGUCCCUCCUGCUGCAUCCCCGCUCACCUCUGAUGCAGAGAAACGGACUUCAUCAAGUCCAAAACGAGACAGGACACCCCUAGGAAGUCCGGAAGAGGUGGAAUUAAGAAGUUUUCACCUCUCUCCUUUGUCCAACCCUUCAGAUCCAUCCUCCUCUUCUCACAGAUCCAAGAGACGGUCCAGCAGCAGUGACGUCACACGGGACCGUCUCAAAGGGACAGGACAGAAAGACGAGGAGGAAGUAAAAGCAGACAUGGAGUGUACUAAAGAAAGGACAGGAGGGACAGGUGUAGGAGAAUCCAGUCUCCAGCAGAGCCUCUUGGUCAUGGACGAGCCUCCGAUAGCGUUCAACGACUCCUGGGGUCUCGACGCCUGUGCAGAGGUCAAUCCAGGUAAUUUCAGUCUGAGGCUGGAAGACAGCAAAGGAUUAAGCCCGCAGGAGAUGUCCAAGCCUUCGUAUGAUGAUGGGAUUCAGACAACGUCCAACUGUGGAGGUCCAACUGUCCUUUCACAUCAGAGUCCCCACCCAGAACCAUCCAGUAGCAAACCGAAGCACACCGGAUUCUCCUCGCCGCCUCAUCCCAAAACUCACACCUCACCAGAGAUCGACGCCGGACUUCUGGAAUCCAAACUGUGGGACAGCUGGAAUCAGGAGGAGGUGGAGGAAUGUCCUCCCACUCAGCUCAGAACUCCAGCUCCGCCCCAGGAUAAAACGCCCCACCCCAUGGAGCCCAUCACUCCCAUGCCUCACUUCUCAGACAUGGACACCCCAGAGCUGAAGAACAAACUCAACAGGUUCGGGGUUCGGCCGUUACCGAAGCGUCAGAUGAUCCUGAAGCUCAAGCAGAUCCACCAGUACACCCACCAGGUGACCAGCUCUGACUCAGAGGACGAGGCACCGCCUCCCAGACGGUCCAUCUCCACCAAUCAGAUGGAACAGUUCAAAGAACCUAGAGCUCCUGCUGCCACGUCCCCUGGGAAAGACAAGUGUGGGGACGGCGAGCUGCUUUCUGCCUCUCAGGGCUCAAAUACCUCGUCAACUGCCACCAGUGAGGAAUCUGAAAGGUCCAACCCAGAGCAGGUCCUCUCUUCUGAUGGCGACUCGGACAGCGACGGCGGCAUCUCGUCCUCCCAGGCGGCGUCCCGCCUCCAGGAUCGUAUCCAGGCCGUGCGCUCCUUCAUCCUGUCCACCCCCAAGAUCUUCAACCAGAUCCUCCAGUACGAGCCUCUCGUCCUGUCCCAGUUUCAGGCGGAGCUCAAGGCGGCGGGGAUCCGCCUGGGCGCCGCCAAGCUGAUGGACUACCUGGACUCUCAGUGCAUCACCUUCACCACAGCCAAGCUAGGCCAGCCUGGGACCAGCAGGGGGGGCCGGGGGGGCAAAAGGAUGGGCAAGGGGGCGGGAGGAGCAGGCAGGAAGAAAAACGCAUCCAGUCACAUCCCAAAAUUACGCACAGCGGGAUGA